AUGAAAAUAUCGCAUCUUUUAAUACUUUAUCCCAUAUUAAAUAUAGCAUUAGCGGCAUUAUCAGCCACCAAAAACAAUAAUGAAAUUACGUCUACAUCCUCAAACAGUACGACAACCAUAGAUAGUGCUGAGCCCAGCACUUAUAUGCCCUCGUCUUAUGUCUUCUCUGGCUGGUCCAGUAGUGCUACAUCAACCUACUCCACAGGGACAAAGACUAACACCGAUUAUAACGGUGAUGAAGUUCUAACUAACAUCUUCUAUGUUUACACGCCAUACUUCCUAUACUCCACCACUGUUACCUACACGGGUGAUGUCACCGAGACCUCAACCGCCAACUGGUGGACAAACUACUAUGUCAAUGAUGGCAUGACGACCGCUAUCAUCACCUACAUGAUCUAUGUUCCAUCACACACUGCCACUACCAUGUCGAGCAGCUCUUCUACAACAAGCAUUACUAAGCCAAGUACUUACAUGCCUUCAUCUUUUGUUUACACUGGCUGGUCCAGUAGUGCUACAUCAACCUACUCCACAGGGACAAAGACUAACACCGAUUAUAACGGUGAUGAAGUUCUAACUAACAUCUUCUAUGUUUACACGCCAUACUUCCUAUACUCCACCACUGUUACCUACACGGGUGAUGUCACCGAGACCUCAACCGCCAACUGGUGGACAAACUACUAUGUCAAUGAUGGCAUGACGACCGCUAUCAUCACCUACAUGAUCUAUGUUCCAUCACACACUGCCACUGCCAUGUCAAUUAGUUCCUCCCUCCAACAUUCUUCAUACAUUUUUCGAAGUAAUAGAGAUAUUUCUAUUCCUACAAUCAUAACAGGAAAACUGAGAACGACAGCCGCUAUAUCUUUACAAAGCGGCGAGGAAACAUCACAUCAUUCAUCCAACCAGUUUAACUCUAGUAUUGGUGCCGAGGAAUCAACAGAAAGUCUUACAGAUAUUUCAUCUUCAUAUAUUAUCGAAAGCCUAUCAGAAAAUACCUUCGUGCCUUCAUUAGGCUCUGGCGAGACAGUUAGUUCAGCAUCUUCAUUAUCAGUAACUAGAACAUUUUCAAUAAAGGAGAGUGUAGUAUCAUCACAAUAUACUGAAAUUAGCGUUGGUUCUAAUUAUAUUCCAUCUUCCUUGGUUGCAUCUAGUGAUCGCUCUGACUGUGUGUCAUUUAUAAGUUCCACUUCCAUUUUCCGCGGUGGUGAAGUGGCUGCAAAAUCCAGAACUAGAACUAAACCAACCUCGGGAAAAUCUGAGCAAUCCUCCUCCGGUUACGAUGAGCAAUCCUCCUCCGGUUACGGUGAGCAAUCCUCCUCCGGUUACGAUGAGCAAUCCUCCUCCGGUUACGGUGAACAACCAUCGGAAGCCAGCGCCGCCCACUCCUCUGAGGAUGCUAAUGGGUCAUCAUUGGAAGCUGCUACCGAGACUUCCUCAACUUAUGGUGAGCAAUCCUCCUCCGGUUACGGUGAGCAACCAUCAUCUGGAGACGUUAGUGUAUAUAUAUCAAGCAGCGUUUCAGAGAGCGCAUCUGAUGUUACUGGCAGUAUCAAUUUAGAGUCAGAUCCUGGGGAGUCUUUGGAAUAUUCUGUUAUUAGCGUUGAAUCUAGUUAUACUCCAUCUUCCUUGGUUGCAUCUAGUGAUCGCUCUGACUGUGUGUCAUUUAUAAGUUCCACUUCCAUUUUCCGCGGUGGUGAAGUGGCUGCAAAAUCCAGAACUAGAACUAAACCAACCUCGGGAAAAUCUGAGCAAUCCUCCUCCGGUUACGAUGAGCAAUCCUCCUCCGGUUACGAUGAGCAAUCCUCCUCCGGUUACGGUGAACAACCAUCGGAAGCCAGCGCCGCCCACUCCUCUGAGGAUGCUAAUGGGUCAUCAUUGGAAGCUGCUACCGAGACUUCCUCAACUUAUGGUGAGCAAUCCUCCUCCGGUUACGGUGAGCAAUCCUCCUCCGGUUACGAUGAGCAAUCCUCCUCCGGUUACGAUGAGCAAUCCUCCUCCGGUUACGGUGAACAACCAUCGGAAGCCAGCGCCGCCCACUCCUCUGAGGAUGCUAAUGGGUCAUCAUUGGAAGCUGCUACCGAGACUUCCUCAACUUAUGGUGAGCAAUCCUCCUCCGGUUACGGUGAGCAACCAUCAUCUGGAGACGUUAGUGUAUAUAUAUCAAGCAGCGUUUCAGAGAGCGCAUCUGAUGUUACUGGCAGUAUCAAUUUAGAGUCAGAUCCUGGGGAGUCUUUGGAAUAUUCUGUUAUUAGCGUUGAAUCUAGUUAUACUCCAUCUUCCUUGGUUGCAUCUAGUGAUCGCUCUGACUGUGUGUCAUUUAUAAGUUCCACUUCCAUUUUCCGCGGUGGUGAAGUGGCUGCAAAAUCCAGAACUAGAACUAAACCAACCUCGGGAAAAUCUGAACAAUCUGUCACCGCGACAGAAGCUAUGCCUACUGCUGAAUUAAGAACUUCGGGAGCUUCCAACUGCAAGGCUUUUUCAAAAGAAAUUUUCCAUUGUAUGGGUAGCGCUAGAGUGGAUGCAAUAUCAAGAACAAGAUCUACAUCGUCUUUCAAAUAUUCAGAGGAGUCGGCAACAGGAGUAGGCUCUGAACUAUUCACUUCUAUAGCUAGUGAAAACACUGCUACAUUAAUUAAUUUUACCACUACUAUCGUCAAUGCAAGGCUAACUGUCAUUAGUGAUGUUUUCGAGUCUUCAGAGAGCAGUAUUUCCGUUUUAGAACGUGAAAAAUCUACUAUUCCAAGCACUGAUUCUUCUUUUACAACUAUUAAUUCAACACAUAGUGUUGAGAAUAAUUAUACGACAUAUUUUGCAACACAUAAAAAUGUGCAUUUCAGUGACGUUCCUUAUUCAACAGAGAUAACAACUACUUCAAAUGGCUCGUCCGCUAGUGAGUUUAUUUCUUACUUUUUAACUGUCUACUCCUAUGACAUGCCAACAGCUGCUUCCAGCACAGCUGCUUCCAGCACAGUUGCUUCCAGCACAGUUGCUUCCAGCACAGUUGCUUCCAGCACAGCUGCUUCCAGCACAGUUGCUUCCAGCACAGUUGCUUCCAGCACAGUUGCUUCCAGCACAGUUGCUUCCAGCACAACUGAUGAGUCCUCUUCUGCUGAAGUUGUUCCUUAUUAUUUGACUACUGAUUCCAAUGGCAAAGACCCAGUUACUUCCACAACUUACCCAGCUGUUUCCAACGUAGAUGUAAACACAAAUACCAUCAUUACUUCAAGAUACAUUGAUAUAUCUUUGUAUACAACUGCAUUGUCAAGUAGGACUUUAUCUACUUUGCCAUACACCAAUGGUAAUUCAAUUUCAUCAGAAAAUUUGACUACAUCAGAUGCUUCUGUUUCAUACGAAGCCGCAGGUUCUAAUAUUAUGGUACACAGGUCAUCAAUGAUUAGCUUUAUUGGUUUUAUUUUUAUGAUUGUUAUUGCUUAG